AUGCAUACGGCCUGGAGCAACGGCAUUUGGGACGGCAGGAGAGGGGAGGAUCGUCUGGUGGCGGUGCAGCGUUUGUGGCCCAAUGUAGCCGUGGCAGCAGCAGAUGCGGGAUCCCCUGAGGAGCUGUUGUCGUCAUGCUGCUGGCUGCAGCCCCGUGAGCACCACAAGCCCAGCUAUUGCCUGUUUGCCGUGUUUGAUGGCCACAACGGGCCGCGAGCGGCACGGUUUGCGGCAGACAAUGUGGCGCAGAUCGUGGAGGGCUUCCUGCCACCCUGGGUGUCCAACGCCGCCGACCCCGCGGCCCCCGCCCCCCAGAUGGCGGCGCAGCUGCAGGAGGCGCUGGUUCUGGCGUUCCUGGAGCUGCACCGCCAGUUUGGCGGGGUGGGGCGCAAGGGAGGCUGCACCGCAACGGUGGCGCUCCAGGCCGGCCGCCUGCUCACGGUGGCCAGCCUGGGCAGCGGGCGGUGCGUGCUGGACAUGGGCUGCCUGGGCAGCCUGCUCACGCUCAGCGUGGAGCACCGCAUCAGCAGCAACGUGGCGGAGCGCCAGCGGCUGUCGGCUGCAGGCUGCGAGGUGGCCUACAUGGACGUGGGUUCGCUGGGGCCCGCACGGCACCCAGGACGCGGCGACGGCGUGCUGCGGUUGUGGCCGGGCGGCUUGGCGCUCAGCCGCUCCAUCGGCGACUUUGCCAUCAGCGAGGCGGUGCUGCUGCCCCCCAGCGGCGGGCGGCUCAUUCUGGCGACCGAAGGUGUGUGGGGCCAUGGGCAGGACCUGCUGCAGCUCAUGCACAACGCGCCGCUCAAGACCGCCUCUUUCAAGGUGGUCAAGGCCAUCAGCACCAGCAGGCAGAACCACGUAGAUGCCAGCAUCAUAGUGGCAGACAUCCUGCCGCCCCGCGUGCAGAGCUUCCAGUCGGUGUGCCGCCGCCAGCAGCAGCAGCCGGUGGCGGCGCCGGCCGUCACCUCGGAGCAUCGCCAUCGCCAGUUCCUGGACAGCAGCACAGAGGCCCUCAAGAUGCUGUUCCGCAGGUCGGGGGGCAUUCGCCAGCCUGAGGAGGCGAUGCCGCCAGCGCCAGCCUUGGCGCCUCCCUCUGCAUCAGAUCAGAGCCAGGUGGUCGCCAGCGCCGAGCUGCUGGCAGACAUCGACUCCGCCGCGCUUUUGGGCCUCGCGCCGUGGGGUGGCAGCGACGCAGGCAGCACCUCAGCGCCCAGGGCAGGCAGCUUCAGCAGCACCAGCAGCGCUGGUGCGGGGGCGCGAGCGCAGAUGAUGGCAGCCAUCCAGGCACAGCAGCAGACCGUGUGGUUUGUCCAGCCCACGGAGCAGCUGAUGUGGAGGCUGCUGCGUGAGGCUUCGCAGCUGUGGCACGAUGUUCGCCGUCGGCAGCGGGACAUCAAGGCUGCUGCUGCCCUGUCGGCGGCAGCGGCUGAGGAGCAGAGCUUGUUGGCGGUGCUCGUGCGCUCCACACCAUCUGGCAGGGUGCAGUCCGAGUGGCUGGAGGCAUCAGCCGCCGCCGCUACAGCAGCAGGGGGGGCAGCCAACCAGCAGGAAGCGCACCUCACCUCCAGCUCCACCAGCAGCAUUGGCAGCAGCCACAGUGGCGGCAGCGACGAAGGCGGCCCUGUGAUCUUGGGCUCUGCCAACGGCAGUGGCGCAGGCUCCCUCAACGAGCGGCUGCUGCUGCUGUCACCCAAGGCGGCGGGGAGCGGCAGGUGGCGGGCGGCCUGCGCUGUGAGCCCCGGUAGUGCCUCAGCGCUGGUGACGAGUGGCAGCUGGACCAGCCGCAGCCGCACCACAACGCUGGGCAGGAGCUCCUCGAGCGGCGCAUGCCCCGUGCCCGCCCUCUCCCCCAAGCUUUCACUGGAGGAUCGGGCGCUGCGACGGCGCGCACCCGGGGAGCUGGCGGCCUCGCCAGGCACCAAGUGGAUGCGGGCCUACUCUUGCGUGGCCGGCGUCCUCACCAAGGCCGGUUCGGCCUACAGCAACCGGAACAUGGAGGCGGCAGCUGGCGUGGACAGCUGGACCGAGGCCUAUGGCAGCAUGGCUGGCCAGUACAUGAGCCGGAAGGGGCAGGCCUGA